CACUUAGGUUAUAAACACACAUGCAAUGGACCCUGAAGAAGUGGAAUUUUUAGGAGAGAAACACCUAGUGUCAAUUGUUCCAUCUUUUACCAGUGAAUCCGUCCAUUUAAUACAAGGUGACUAUGGGCCAUUUCGGGCGGGUCUUCCCAUUAGAGUCCCAUUGUGGGUCGCCGUCAACUUAAAACAACAAAAAAGGUGUAGAAUUCAACCACCCGAAUGGAUGGACGUUGACACUCUCGAAUUGAUUAAAACAGACGAAAAAUUGUCUAGAGUUUUCACCAAAAUGCCAAGUGAGUUCUAUAUGGUGGAAGUGAAACAAUUACUAGGUUGCGCUUCUGAUGAUAUUCCACGUGCCGAUGAAAUUCGUACUAUUGUGAAAGACAUCUGGGACAUCCGAAUGUCAAAACUUAGAUCCUCCAUAGAUUUGUUGGUUAAAAACCACGAAAUGUACGCAGCUGUUGAUAACCUAACCAUGAUGGAAAUUAAUUCGAUGAGGCCUUUAUUGCCGCACGCUCUAGAUCACAUUUAUCGAAUGAAAACGUUCCAACCAAACGUGGGCUCGCAGUCACAAACUAUGUCGUUCAGUACACACUCAAGGGUCUCAACGUCGUUUCAGUCUUGAUGUAUAUUUGUUUAUAUUAAACGAUUAUUUUUAAA